GCAUUCAGUCAACCACAACAGUUAGAUCCAGAAAGCCAUAUUCUUGAGGUGGCUAUAGAAGCAGCAGCAACUGAAGUUGUUAAUCUCAAGGACAGUUUAAAUGAAUGGGAUAGCAAAGUAGGCGAUGGUGACUGUGGGUCAACAAUGUUCAGAGGAGCAUCAGCAAUUCUUGAAGACAUGAAGAAGCA